AUGUCGACGCCAGAGCACAACGAUGAAAUCGCCAAGCUUCGCGAACAGCUUCGACACCUGGAGCAAGAAAACGACGACCUCCAGUCGUGCGUACGCAGGUUGAAAGCGACGGAGGAAGACCUAAGCCACAAAAUUGAGCGAGCCGAAGAAGAAGCUGUUUUUGCGCAGCAAGAGCUCGAGAUCUCCCAGGAAAAUUACAAACAGACUGCAUCGCGUUCGGCAGAACAGGUCCGCGAUCUGACAGCUAAGUUACAGAAGUACCAAAAUGUAGUGAGUUGCUUGCUGAGUGUCGUUGGAAUUCCAAACGUAGCCGGGGAGACAGGAAAGGCGUCGGAUGCUCAAGAGAAUGCACUCGAGCUUGAAUCUUACAACAAGAACACGGAUGAUCCCGGCGACGAAAAUGCUGCAGAAGACGACAAAACGAAUGGGGCAUCUCGAUUUGUGAGCGACCAAAACUGGAUGAAUGUGGUGGAAAGGCUGCAAACGGAGAUACGAACCAAAACCGAGCAGCUGCAAAUUACCAAAGACGGGUAUGAAGAGUUCAUGGUGGCCAGCUACGAGGUGGAAAAGGCACUGGCGAGCGAAAAUACAAGCUUGAAACAAUUUGUGUCAACGUUGCAAAGUGAGAAUGCGCAUCUGCAACAUCUCCUUCAGACUGAGCGAAACAGCUAG